AAAUUUCAGUUGGCAAAAUCUUGUUUUUAUCGACUUAUGUCAAUUGUCAUUCCGGCUUCCUUUUUGUGAUUCUAGCCUUGAGGGAAUUUGUUUUAUCCUUUUUAGCCGCAAAUUAACAGAAUUAGUACAAUGGCUAGAGGUGGAAUGAGAGGCCGAGGCGGCAUGAAUCGUGGUUUGGGCGGAAGGCCACCCUUCAAAGUAAAGAUGUUUUUACCCCGGCAUCCCUUUGAUUUGGCUUUGUGCGAAUCAUCAUUUCCUCGUACUAAGCCAGCUCCAGAAGAGACUGCUUUUACACAAGCAUUACUGAAGAGAAAUGCCGAUUUAUCUCCUACACCUAAUGAGCAAACAGCUAUAUUAAAUUUGGUAACAAAGAUACAAACAGUAUUAGAUAAUUUAGUAGUGGCUCCUGGAAAUUUUGACUCCUGUCAAUUAGAUGAGGUACGCCAAGUGGGAUCCUUUAAGAAAGGAACUAUGGUUGCGGGACAUAAUGUGGCUGAUAUAGUUGUCAUUUUAAAAACUCUUCCAACAAGGGAAGCUGUAGAAGCUUUGGGAAACAAGGUUAAGGAAGAUUUAAAGAACUUAAUGAAAAAUGAAAUUGUACCAAAAGGUGAACAGCUGGUUCAUGCUACCAAUGAAAGGGGCAUUGAAAUUAGUAAUGCUUUUGCUUGUGUUAGAGUGAUGGUAACAACGGUACAUCACAAUCUUCGUAAACUAGACACAGAAAUUCACUUAGAUCAAAAAAUAAUGUCAAGUCAUUUAGCUGCUAUUCGUCACAGCAGAUGGUUUGAAGAAAAUGCUCAUCAUUCUUCUAUUAAGGUUUUGAUUCGUUUACUUCGCGAUAUACGUGGGAGAUUUGAGGGUUUUGAACCUUUAACACCUUGGAUGUUGGAUUUACUAGCUCAUUUCUCCAUUAUGCAUAAUCCUAGUAGGCAGGCGCUCCCUAUAAAUGUAGCUUUUAGAAGAGUAUUUCAGCUUCUUGCUGCUGGUCUGUUCCUGCCAGGAUCGGCUGGAAUUACAGAUCCUUGUGAAGGUGUAAGUUUGAGAAUUCAUACGGCUAUGUCGUUAGAACAGCAAGACAUCUGCUGCCUCACAGCCCAAACUUUACUUCGUGUGCUUGCACAUGGAGGUUAUAAACAAAUCUUGGGUAUGGAAGGUAGCAAUAAUAUUGCCAAGGAGAUGUCAGUUUGGGAUGGUGUAGUUGUGUCACCUUUAGAUAAGGCAUAUGAAAAUCCUCCAGAGAAGAAAGAUGGCGAGGAAGAUGAAGAAAUGGAAGAAGGUGAUGGGGAUGAAAGCAUGGAAACACAAGAUUUGUAAGAGCAACAUUUCGAAUAAAAAGUUUGAAGUAAGAAGUUAAAAAUUGAUGUUUUGUGGUGUAUUUUCACUAUGAGUUAAGUCCGUAACAUUCAAACACUUUUCAAUAAAAUGACCUUUUUUUAUUAGAUUAUUUUUUGUGAUACAAUACCUUGACAAAAGUGUGUUUGGUAAUAAAGAAUGUAUUUAAACAACAAACA